GGCGCCAAUGCCUCGGCAUUAGAGAAAGAGAUUGGUCCAGAGCAGUUCCCGGUGAAUGAGCACUAUUUUGGACUAGUGAAUAGCUUUUUGACAACUACAUGCAGCAAGAUGCCCAUGAGUUCUUAAAUUACCUACUAAACACAAUUGCUGAUAUUUUACAAGAAGAGAGGAAGCAGGAGAAACAGAACGGCCGCCUGCCUAACGGCAGCAUCGAUGGAGAAGGCAGCGGCGGCGCACCGGACCCGACGUGGGUGCAUGAGAUUUUUCAGGGAACAUUAACUAAUGAAACCAGAUGUCUUACUUGUGAAACUAUAAGCAGCAAAGAUGAAGAUUUUUUAGACCUUUCCGUCGACGUGGAACAAAACACAUCAAUUACUCACUGCUUAAGGGGUUUCAGCAACACGGAGACUCUGUGCAGCGAACACAAGUACUACUGCGAAGAGUGCCGCAGCAAGCAGGAAGCACACAAACGGAUGAAAGUUAAAAAACUGCCCAUGAUUCUAGCUCUACACCUGAAGAGAUUUAAAUACAUGGAUCAGCUUCAUCGUUACACGAAACUUUCUUACCGGGUGGUUUUCCCUUUAGAACUCCGUCUCUUUAACACUUCAGGCGAUGCCACCAAUCCUGACAGAAUGUACGACCUCGUCGCUGUGGUGGUUCACUGUGGAAGUGGUCCCAAUCGAGGCCAUUAUAUCGCAAUAGUUAAGAGUCAUGAUUUUUGGUUAUUGUUUGAUGACGAUAUUGUAGAAAAAAUAGAUGCACAAGCUAUUGAAGAAUUCUACGGGUUGACGUCAGAUAUCUCAAAGAACUCUGAGUCUGGUUACAUCCUUUUCUAUCAGUCUCGGGACUGAGGGGGAACUGCGAUGGAGAGAUUUCUGCCUCAUUUCUUCUCUGGUUACUUUGGAAAGGAUCAUGCACUGAUUUUUCAAGAAAAGAGAAAUGCAGGAAGCUCAGGGGGCAGUAGCAUACUUUGCACACAAUAAAGCAAAGACUGUGGAUGAACAAGCUCUUCCUAUCAUGGUAGUUGAUUUAUUCGCUCAGGUAUCAUGUCGUCUGUGCAGUUCCAAACGACGAGGAAGUGACGGCAGAGAUAGCAGCUCCUCUUGUCAAACAGCCUUCCAGUAAUUGACACGCAUUUGCUCUUUAUUAAUUGCACCGGCGAUGGUUUGAACUCCUUGGGGCGCAGCAAGAAGCACGAGAACCGGGGGAGGUCGCGUCGCGGGUUUAGGAGGUGACAGGCACCGCGUCCCGUCGCCUGCGUUAAGUGAUGAAUAGAAAGAGUAGUCAGUGGUCUUCUCGUGCGUAAACCAGACAUACUCGUGGGCCCAACGCUCGCAGUUGGCCUUCCUGACGUAAAGCAAACUAACAGCUACUGGACUCCAGUGUCAGGAAGACAAAUACGUUCUGCUUCUCUGAAGAAGCUUAUAAUAAUAUACAGUGUAUGUAUAUGUAGGGAACAAUUGGUCAAAAGCGGCUUUUUGUUUCCCCAAGGGGAAAGACUGGCUUUGUAAUUAGAAUUUUUUUUCCUUAUUUAUUUUACUUAAAACUGGUAGAGUCUAAGUAUUGUAUGAAGCGCCCAUGAGUCUGUCAGUAAAUCUGAGCAUAUUUUUACUACUUUUUGUCAGUUUAACUAGUCCUUUCGUUUGUUUCUGUUUUUUAAGAUGGAUUUUUCAACUCUAUUCGAAAUCAGUAAGAUUCUUUAAAAAACAUUGCAAGGAGGAGGUAAAUAUUCUUUUUCAGGAGGAACUGAUAUCUCUGGCUAAAUAGUUGUCCUUUUGUUAUAGUUGAUAAGUCAGUUAUUUCAUUCAGCUUUAAUUUCAGUAAAAUAAGAAACUAUCAAGAAUUCCCUUAUAGUUGUUGGAAUGGUGAAAGAAAUCCCGGUGCAGUGGUGAUAUACCAGUCUUUAGAUUUCUUAAAUACUCUGAUGUUUCAAGUUGAGGCCAUGUUUGGAAAAUUCAUGUCGUAGCAGUUGUUAUUUUCAGGCGUCAUUCUUUACCUGGGAAAGAAGAAAUCCGGUCGCUGAAACCCCAGCAGCGUGGGUGGUUAGCCAAAAACCCUCUGAAGGUCAGAUUUUAAUGGCGUAGACCAGGAAUACACAAGCAAGUCCUCUUCCCCCCUCCGCCUUUACACACCUUCCUGGAAGAGUGUUCUGGAAGUUAAACUUGAUGUUUGUUAAGACUCCCUUCCGUCGGGAGUUUGAAGCAGUGUGUGUGUAACGUGCCGUGUGUAAAUUAUUGCAGUUGACACUUGUCCGCGCAUCACAGUUCUCUGACAGUAGCCGAAAGCCACUUGCAGAAAAUAAUCGAAUAUACGUUCAGAAUACUAGCAAUCAAUCAGGCCAUGGAUGUUCUCGAUGAACCUUUUCAGGCAGACAUCUUUUUUUUAAUUGCUGUCAUUUUCUAAUUUUACUAAUACUGUUGACUACGAAAAACAACAAAAAAGAAUGUUUUUGUCUGCUGCUAUUAUUAACAUUUAUUAUUUGUAUCUUUUUAGCUCAGGAAAUGACUUCACCUGUUCGUUCCAUGAACAUAUCUUCAGCAGGGUCCCGUAGCUAACUGGGCUGUUUAACAGAUGUGCCGGCAGAAACCGUGACGUAUUUUGACAAAUUGCUUCCCAAGGUGUCGUUUCUAAAGCCUUCCCCCGGCUGAAAUUGUCCCGUGCAGAUCGUGUAGCCACAUCUGCCAGCAUCGCACAGACAGCCAGAGCCAAGAGUGUGGGGAGACCACAGCGGUCGAGCCGGAUACGUUUUUCUUUUCGAGGGCUCAGACCAACUUGUGUGGGAAUGUCGAGCUGUAUUUCUGCAGCUUUUGGCACAGGGGAGGAGAGCGGAGUGAAGCUGAGUCCAUUCGCACGUGUCAGGCCACCGCACGUGCGAGAAGGAUGCGGUCAUUCGCGCAGAGGUGCGGGGCCAGAAAGCUGCGUCGCGCAUCUCACAGGGAAGGCCAAGGUUAAGUUUCACGUUACAGCAAGUUGCGGCUUUUUCGUGGAGUUCCGCGGCCGCACACCGUUCACACCGUAUUUCAUAGUAUGAUUUGUCAGGGGAAGGGGCCGUGGGCGAUGGUUUUCAGUUUACUUUUUACUGUCCGUGCAGCUGCAUCUGAGUAAAAUGUCGGGAAGCUUUUCAGAAACUCAGUAUGCUUUAAAAACAUCUAGGGCCAGGAUUGGGGGGACCGCAGCGAGAAGGGUGAUGCGUACAGAAAGCGUCUGAGGUUGUCUGUCGGCUGACUGGUUAAAUGAGGGUGGCCGGAAGUCGUAAGUGGUGGCCGAUUGCUCUCUGUGUGUCCGUGUUUGUUGGGAUGGCUGUCCCGUAUUUUGUACAUUGGAAUAAAAAUCUCUAUAAAUUAUCAUAAAGGUAAAUAUUCUAAAUCAAGCCUCACUUCUCAGUCGUAUGGCUUCUGUCUUGGAAACGUUACCUGUAGAACAUUACGGAAGGCAGGAGCCACGUGACUCAGGAAAAGGGAGCGAAGGAAACGUGUAAUAGGUGGGUCUGUGUUGCCUCGAACCAUCAGUGUAGGGUUUUUUCCUUGACAGCAGUAGAAAGACCUCGUUUUCAUAACAUACUACUCUUGAUACUUUCUUUGAAGCUACUUUCAUUAAAGAUUCUGUCAUGAGGCGAUUACCUGGGAGCUGGGAGGCUGAGGCGCUCGGGUCCCGGCUCCUCAGUGGACUUAACUGUGUGACCUUGGGCAAGUCACUUACCCUCUCUGUGCUUCAGUCUCCCUAUCUGGUGAAAUGGGGGUAAUACCUACCUCACAGGGUUGUUGUGGGGAUUAAUUAGAUAUAAUGUCUGUAAAGCAUCUAAAGUUCUUGAAGAAGGCGCUAUAUAAAUACAAAAUAAUCUAUUAAAGUUGGUUUAUUUGUG